CGUCGAUCGUCUCUGUCACCCCCACCUCGACCGCGCGCCAUUCCCUGCCCUGCCAGUGCCGGAGAGAGCAAGAAGCCCAAGAACGAAGCUCACUUGGAAGGAUCGAUCGGCCGACCGGUUUAGCUAGCUGGGUACAUGGAGGAGGCGGCAGCCGGCGCCGGCGAGGAGGAGGUGUACUGCGCGGUGGGGAAGGAGCAGUGGAACUGGAAGGCGAACCUGCGGUGGGUGCUGGCCAACUUCCCCGGCCGCCGCCUCGUGCUCGCCCACGUCCACCGCCCGCCGCACCGCAUCAACAUGAUGGGGGCGUGGGUGCCGGUGAGCCAGGUGGGAGCAGCCAUGGUGGCAGCGUGCAGGAAGUGGGAGGAGGACGAGGCCAGCGAGGCCCUCGACCAGCUGCUCCGCAUCUGCAAAGCCCACCGCGUGGACGCGCGCAAGGUCAUCGUCUCCGGCGACGACCUGGCGGGUGGGCUGGUGCAGCUCGUCGCCGACCAUGGCGUCGGCGAGCUCGUCAUGGGCGCCGCCGCCGACCGGGCCUACUCGAGGAAGAUGCGGGCGCCCAAGUCCAAGAAGGCGGCCACCGUGCAGCUCAAGGCCAGCCCCUCUUGCAGGAUCUGGUUCGUCUGCAAAGGCAAGCUUAUCUGCACCAGAGAGGCCAGCGACGAGGGGCUGAUAAGCAGAGGAGAGCCAUCCACGGCGAGCACCAGCCCACGGCCAACCGCCUCCGACUGCUCGACAUCGGCAUCCUCGUCGCACCGGCACGGCGAUGGCGCCGCCGAGCCGGUCGGCAUCCACGACUCGACCACGCCCUCACACCAUGGUUCGGGUGACGCGAUGGAGAUGGACGAUUCGUUCGCGGAGAAGCUCAAGGCCGAAGAGACUCGCCCGCAACCUGAAGCUGUGGUGGAAUCCAUGCCCGUGACGGAUGGUGAUCAUGGUGCCAGUGUCUUGCGGUUCGGUUUGCCGGAGCUGGAGGCGGCCACAUGCCGUUUCGGCGAGUCUGCCAGGAUCGGCAUUGCCGGCAUUGGCCGCGCCGGCGUGUACAGAGGGAGCCUGCGCGGCGUGAGCGUCGCCGUCAGGGUCAUCUCCCCCGAUGCCGCCGUCGGCGAGGCACGGUUCGCUCGCGAGGCCGACGCCAUCGGCAGGUUAAGCCACCCGAGCCUCGUCGCGCUCGUUGGCACGUGCCCGGAGGCGCGCGCCGUGGUGCACGAGCUCGUGCCGGCCGGGAGCCUGGAGGACCGCCUCGACCAAGGAGGCGAGGGGACGCUGCCGCCGCUGCCGUGGAUGGCGCGGUGCCGCGUGGCACACCAGGUCUGCUCCGCGCUGGCCUUCCUCCACGCGUCAUUCAAGACGGUGCACGGCGACGUUCGUCCGACGAACAUCCUCCUGCUAGAUCAGGCCGACGAGCGGCGCUCCUCCAUUAAACUCGCCGGCCUCGGCAUGCGCGGGCUCCUGGCGCAGGCGGAGCAGCAACGGGCCGGACGCGAGGCGCUGGCGUACGUGGACAAGCGGUACGUCGCGACGGGGGAGCCGACCCCGCAGUGCGACGUGCACGCCCUGGGCCUGCUGCUCCUCCGGCUGGUCACGGGCCUGCCGGCGCGUUGGGCGAAGAAGGCGGCGCUGGAGGCCGCCGCCGGCGGGGGCAGAGCCUGGCAGCAGGUGGUGGACGCGAGCGCAGGGGGGUGGCCGACGGAGGUGGCCACCGAGGUGGCGCUCCUCGGGCUGAGGUGCUGCGCCGUGAGCGACGGCAGAGUGGCGUGUCGCCCGGCCGGUGAGCUGCUCGAGGAGGCGCGCGCCGCGCUGGAGGCCACGAUGGACGCCGCGCCGGGCCGGACGUGGUCUUCAUCACUGCUGUCAUCGUCGGAGACGGAGGCGUCUAACGGCGGCGGCGCGCGGCCCGUCCUACAUCCUCUGCCAGAUAAUGAGGAUCCAAAUAAUAAUAUGUGUGCCAGCAGCAGCAGGUCCACUAGGUAGUUGAUACAUCUGUAACCAAUGAUUGUUUUGAGAUGGGAACGAUAUGUUGAGGUACGGUGGUGGUGUGUAGC